UGCCCCUUUAAUUGUGUCAGUGCUGGCGGAGCGCGUGUCAGGGGAGGAGAAUGCUGGGAAUGGUGAGGGAGCAGCAGCCUGGGGGGCGAGCGGCGCGCUGAUGGAGGGGAAGUAGCCUUACUAAGACUUACACUCCUGGCUGUCCAUAUUUCCUGGCGCUGGGAUGCAGUGAGUGGGCCGUGCGUAGGGGCAGCAGGGCGGACACAAAGGUCCACAGUUCGCCACACUCCACAGCGUACUGCAAGGAGCCAUGUAUGGGAGCACCAGGGCAGUGGGGCACCUGGAGGGCAGCCCCGCACGCUCCCCGCGCCUGCCCAGGUCCCCCCGGCUGGGCCAUCGCCGUGCCAACAGCGGGAGCGGGGGCGGGGCUGGGAAGACCCUCUCCAUGGAGAACAUCCAGUCGCUGAACGCUGCCUAUGCCACCUCUGGGCCCAUGUACCUGAGCGACCAUGACGGCGUGGCCUCCACCACCUAUCCCAAGGGCACCAUGACGCUGGGCCGGGCCACCAGUCGGGCCAUGUACGGCGGUCGCGUCACCGCCAUGGGCAGCAGCCCUAACAUUGCCUCCGUGGGGCUCCCCCACGCCGAGCUCCUCUCCUAUGGAGACCACGGCUCCUUCUCCAUGCUGCACCACCACCACCACCACCACCAGCAGGGGGUGCCGUCGGGGCUGCGGCAGCAGGCGCGGGACAGCGCCCUGCUGGACAUGCAGUCGCAGAUGAAGGAUAUGCAGCGUGAGAACGAGCUUCUUCGGCGGGAGCUGGAGCUGAAGGACAGCAAGCUGGGCUCCUCCACCAACAGCAUCAAGACUUUCUGGAGCCCCGAGCUGAAGAAGGAACGCGUGAUGCGGCGCGAGGAGGCCACCCGCAUGUCCGUCCUCAAGGAGCAGAUGAGGGUCACUCACGAGGAGAACCAGCCUCUGGAUGCGAGAAGAACUAAGCACCUGCAGCUGACCAUCCAGGCCCUGCAGGACGAGCUGCGCACGCAGCGUGACCUUAACCACCUGCUGCAGCAGGAGAGCAGCAACCGCGGUGCCGAGCACUUCACCAUCGAGCUCACCGAGGAGAACUUCCGCCGGCUGCAGGCCGAGCAUGAGCGCCAGGCCAAGGAGCUCUUCCUCCUGAGGAAGACCCUGGAGGAGAUGGAGCUGCGCAUCGAGACGCAGAAGCAGACGCUGAACGCCCGCGACGAGUCCAUCAAGAAGCUGCUGGAGAUGCUACAGAGCAAAGGCCUGCCCUCGGGCCGCUCCCUGGAGGAGGAGAACGAACGGGCCCGCAGGAUUGCCCAGGUCGAGUCGCAGGUCAGCCACCUGGAGCUCAUCCUGGACCAGAAGGAGAAGGAGAACCUUCACCUGAGAGAGGAGCUGCACCGCAGAACCCAGCUCCAUCAGGACCCCAGCAAGACCAAGGCCUUGCAGACUGUGAUAGAGAUGAAGGACACUAAGAUCGCCUCUCUGGAGAGGAACAUCCGCGACCUGGAGGACGAGCUCCAAAUGCUGAAGACCAAUGGGCUGCUGAACACCGAGGAAAGGGAAGAAGAGCUCAAACAGAUGGAGGUCUAUAAGAACCAUUCCAAGUUCAUGAAAAGCAAGAUUGACCAGUUGAAGCAGGAGCUGUCAAAGAAAGAGUCUGAGCUGCUGGGCCUACAGACCAAGCUGGAGACCCUGAACAAUCAGAACUCAGACUGUAAGCAACACAUUGAGGUGCUGAAGGAGUCCCUCACUGCCAAAGAGCAGAGAGCAGCUAUUCUGCAGACAGAGGUGGAUGCUCUGAGGCUGCGGCUGGAGGAGAAGGAGUCGUUCCUGAAUAAGAAGAGUAAGCAGCUGCAGGAGCUGACGGAGGAGAAGGGCACACUCGCCGGGGAGAUCCACGACAUGAAGGACAUGCUGGAGGUCAAGGAGCGCAAGGUCAACGUCCUGCAGAAGAAGAUAGAGAAUCUGCAAGAGCAGCUUCGGGAUAAAGACAAACAGCUGAGCAAUCUGAAGGACAGGGUGAAGUCUCUGCAGACGGACUCCAGCAACACGGACACCGCAUUGGCCACUCUGGAGGAGGCACUAUCUGAGAAGGAGAGAAUUAUCGAACGACUGAAAGAGCAACGUGAGCGGGAGGACCGGGAACGGCUGGAGGAGGCGGAGUCUUACAAACGUGAGAAUAAGGACCUGAAGGAGAGGGUCACUGCCCUGCAGGCCGAACUCACAGAGAAGGAGGCCAGUCUAAUCGACCUGAAGGAGCACGCCUCGUCUUUAGCCUCCUCCGGCCUGAAAAAAGACUCCAAGCUCAAGUCCCUGGAGAUCGCUAUUGAGCAGAAGAAAGAGGAGUGUAAUAAACUGGAAACACAGCUACAGAAGCAAGCAGAACAGCUUCUCAUUCAGGCACAAAACCCUGCCCAUGAGGUGGAGCAGGCCCCCAGGGGCCCUCAGGAGUUUGUGGAUCGUGUGAAGAUGCUGGAGAAGGAGGUGGCAUAUUUUAAGGAGGAGUCUGGGAAGGCCCAUGCUGAAGUGGACCGCCUGCUUGACAUCCUGAGAGAGGUGGAGACUGAGAAGAAUGACAAGGACAAGAGGAUCACAGAGCUGGAGAGCCCCCCACGUCCUGCGCCCCACCCCAGCGGCAGAGCACCCCCUGAUCAGCCUCUCUCAGCGUCUGCCACCCCGCAGCAAAUUGGGGGGCUGAUGUGGGAUUUUCUGGGAAAACAGGGUAAGGACCAGAACAAGAAGGGCCCAAACCUCAAACUCGGCCUGCAGGGGGACAAGAAGAGCGGCUCCCAGGAGGGUCGCAAGGACAACCUGACAGACAGCUCCCAGCACAAGCUGGAGGAGCUAAUGACCACUCUGGAGAAAACCAGGCAGGAGCUGGAGGCCACCAAGCAACGUCUCUCCUCCACCCAGCAGUCCCUGGCUGAGCGGGAUGGUCACCUGACCAACCUGCGGCAGGAGCGGCGGAAACAGCUGGAAGAGAUCCUGGAGAUGAAGCAGCAGGCCCUACUGGCUGCCAUCAGUGAGAAGGAUGCCAACAUUGCCCUGCUGGAGCUGUCUGCUUCCAACAGGAAGAAAACACAAGAGGAGGUGCUGGUCCUGAAGAGGGAGAAAGACAGACUGAUGCACCAGCUCAAACAGCAGACACAGAGCCGGAUGAAGCUAAUUGCUGACAACUAUGAUGAUGACCAUGAACAUUCCCUUCAUCCGCAGCCACCGCACAGCCAACAUCUCCACCCUCAACACCCCCACCCUCAACAUUCCCAGCCUCAGCACCCCCAACAUCCCCAACACCCCCACCCUCAACACUCAAUACCUCAGCAACCGCAUCCACAGCAUCCUCAACACCCCCAACCACCAUAUCCAUACCCCUCCCACCCCCAACCCCCACACCCUGCUCAACUCCCCCAGCCGCAACACCCCCACACCCCACAACACCCCCAACCGCCGCAGCACCACCCACCUCCUCAACACCACCAACCCCAACAUCCCCACCCCUCACAGCACCACCCACCCCCUCAACACCCUCAAUCCCAACACCCCCACCCCCCACAGCACCACCCACCUCUACAACACCAUCAACCACCUCUACACCCUCAAACCCAACACCCCCACCCCCACAACAUCACCCACCUCCGCAACACCAUCAACCACCUCAACACCACCAACCCCAACACCCCCACCCACCUCAGCACCACCAACCUCCUCAGCACCCCCACCCCAACACCAUGGACCACCUCAACACCACCCACCUCCUCAACACCACCAACCUCAACACCCCCACCCCCACCCCACCACCGUGGCCCUUCCCGUGGGGCCCCUCGUUCCAGCCACUGGCCCUCCCCUGAUCAGAUGAUCCAGUCACUGUUGGAGAAACAUCACUCUGGACCCAAGCUGAGACCAUCACCUAUCAUAUUUCACUCUUCAUCUAUACUGAGCUCUGAGGAGGAGGAGGGUGUGUGCGAGUUGGAGGCCAGAGGGAGGAGAUGAAUGGACUCAGCCGUGUCUCUGCAGGUGAACGAGACCUUGGCUGUCCCACUCCUCCCUAUGGCCUCCAUGGUACAGACGCCCAUCCAGUAAAACGCCUUUCCAGUGAUAUUCCCUUCCAGUGAGACAUCCUCCCAGUGCAAUCACUAUCCAGUGAGGCGUCCUUCCAUAAUGACACCCUUCUAGUGAAAUGCCCUUGUGGUGAUAUGCCCUUCCAGUGAGAUGCCCUUUCAGUGAUAUGCCCUUCCAAUGAGAUGCUUUUCCAGUGAGAUACCCUUCCAGUAAUUUGCCAUUUCAGUGAGAUACAGAUUCAGUGAGACGCCCUUCCACAGUGACACCAUUCCAGUGAAAUGCUCUUGCUGUGACACGCUCUUCCAGAGAGACACCCUUCCAGUAAUAUGCCCUUCCCUUUAGAUGUACAUCCAGUGAGAUGCCCUUCCACAAUAACACCCUUCCAGUCAAAUGCCAUUGAUGUGCUGUGCUCAUCCAGUGAGAUGCCUUUCUGUUGAGAUACCCUCCAGUGAUACACCUUUCCAGUGAGAUGCCAAUCCAGAGAGAUGAUCUUCCACAAUGACACCCUUCCAGCGAAUCACCCAACCAGUGAGAUGUCAUUCCAAUGAGAUGCACUUGCAGUGUAAAGCCCUUCCAGUAUAAAAAAACAUCAACAGAGAUUACCACCUGACUAAAUAUACCUUAAGAGUGAUGUGAUAUUAACCUGGAUUGACCUCAUCUUGACUGAGACUGAAGCCAGAAGAGAGCAAAUGAGGGAGAGAGUGGGGGACGGAUACAGAGAGAGAGAAAGAGAGACAGAGGUUCAGUCCCGGCCGCACACCGCCCCCUAUUGACUCCGCAGCCCUUUACUUUACUCUGUUAUAUUAUUUGUGACAAUCGGGGGUUGUUUUGUGUGUACUGCCCUAAGGGCUGGUGUUUCAGGUGUGUCAGGUGUCUCAGGUGUGUGUGAGGGUGCUGUGCAGCUCUAUACCUCUUCUCUGUGGUAUGGGAGAAGGGGAUCACUGCCUCACACUGGUGCUGUAAAUGUUUCCUGGUUCAGCGUGGAGCUCAAUCUCAGAGGAUGGGUGUGGCCUGCCUUAAUGGAGCUGGGGGCACAAAGAUGCCCCUUGCUCUGCCCCAUAACCUCGUCUGGCUGUCUGCCAUCAGAAGCUGCUUGGAUCCAAUCUAUGCACACAUUGCAGCAAUGGCCAGUCCUGAGAUUUUAAAUGAACAGUCAAUACAACAGCUCAGUGUCCUGGAUGGGAUAAGUUUCCAUGACCUGACCCCACUGUUAUUGCUCAGAACAUGCACCAAUAGACAGGGUUUAUUUUUCAGAUGACCAAUCAGAACUGUGCUGUCUGUUUUGUGUCCUCUCCCUAAUGGUGCUGAGUAAUGGAGUGAAAUUCAGUGAUCGAACAAUCUUAGCUGCCGAGGCAGUGGUGCCUGCUUGCACAACACCUCUACUAGCACAUAAUCCUUCAUCACACGGCAGGCCUGCUCGCGCAGCUACCUACAUCAUCAAACAAACAGCAUACCUACUCACACACAUGCCGUUUCUCAGUGAACAGUGUACCUGGUCAUGUGGCAUUCCGCAUUGCAUGGGAUUCCUCAUCGCGCACAUGUCUCAUCACACAGCAUUCCUGAAUGCAUGGCGUUCCUCUUCACACGCCGUCUCUGCUCACACAGCAUUCCCAGUCAGAGGUCAUUUCUGAAGGCUCUCUCUCCCUUUCUCUCUUUCAUUCUUUCUUCUUAUCUGAAUGGGCCGUGACUGCAGACUGCUUCUUUGUGUCUCUCUUAGAAAGAGUCUCAGUGCCAGUGACUCAUUAAACCCCUCAGAACAAAAUGGCAGGUGCCUAGCAAAAAAAGAAUAAAAAAUACAAUAUCUAAAUACUGUACUGUGUUUGUAUAAAUGUGGUAAACAAAUGUACAGAAGAAAAAUUUAAUAGAAUAUAUGUUUUUCUUAUAAUGGGCAUGACGAAAAAUGAAAUGGAAAAAAAGUGAGUUGAUCAGAAGACAAUCCCCCGCAGAGAAGUCUAAGAGUUGUGAACACCUGGUUGUUCAGUUAAUAAUCCUCAGUCAAGCUUCAGUUGUGACUUUAUCUGUCAUGUGAUUGGCCAGUCUGUGAUGUGUGAUCUCAACCUGUCUCAAAGUUCUGCUGCUAUGCACAAACCCAUUAGGAUAACAGUCUGCCAACACAUACAAUAAGGUGACAAUACUGAGCAUGUUUAAAAUGACAGUAUUGGACAUAUGCAACUCUGACUGUAAUUGAGAAUAUUUGGCAUAUAGUAUGUAAUUGAUGAAAAUUAUUACGUGCCCAAAUCAUGUCAGAAUGACUGCUUUCUCCUGGGCCUGGCCCAUUGGCAAUUAUCAUUUAAAAAAAAUAACUUGUCAGCUCACACAGCACAACUGACCACAGUCACACAUUUGAAAAGGAAAGUUGUUAUUAGAAUAAUACUGUAAUUGUGCAGGUUACAGAGGCAUUGGUCGCACUUUUCUCCUUGUUGUCAUUGUCUAAGAGUCUCAUGCAGUGGUGGUGUUUGUGCCGACUGUGGUGAUUGGAUGUUUUAGAGUAGGAAAUGUGUGUCUCUACUCACAGGAAACAGGAUUUCAGACUGUUGCAGCUAACCCCUGCCUUCCCCCCACACCUCUAUGACUGAUUGUGUGUGUGCAUAUGUGUGUGUGUGUGUGUGUGUGUGUGUGUGUGUGUAUGUCCUGCAUUAUCACAGGUUUGAGUGGCGGGAAGAGGGGGAGGACUGUGUCUCUGUGCCUCAGUGCCUCUACAGGAGACUCACGUCUCAACUUGACAUCCACAGCAAUACUCUGAGAAUUACAACCACAACUAACGCUGUAAGCAGAAAAAAACAUCACCGUCAGUCCAGGUCAGAUGAGAUAGGCAGGUCACAGCGCAAUGGUGAUAAUUAAAAUCACCUUAUAACAAGAAUGAGAGAACUUGAACAGAAAAAAUAAUUGAUUUACAGUGUGGAGAAUUAAAUAAAUGUUGACUAAACAUUUACUCAACGUUCUCAGGUGUGGUUGCGGUCUUAUUUACCAUCAUGGUUCUCGGCGUGUUUGUGGGGUUUAUAGUUAUCAGUAUGGUUCAGUGUGACUGUAUGGUUUAUAGCUACCAUUGUCGCUUUAGUGUGUUUAUGUGGAUUAUAGUUAUCAUGGCGUAGUGUAUUUGUGUGGUUUAUAGUUAUCUGUGUGAUUCUGUGUGUUUGUGAGGUUUGUAGUUAUCAUUAUGGUUCUUAAGUGUGUGCACACAAAGCAAGUCAGUAAUGAUUAUAAUUGCAGGCACUGACUUAAGGAUCCAGAUGCACUGGUUUUACCUUCUGGGUCCUUAUUGGUUCUUCUGAUACUUGAAUAGGGUAGUCUUACGGGGUGUGCUGAAACAGCCUAUUGUAGCCCGUUUCUCUGUGUGUCUCUAAUGUGCCAAUCCUGAGGGUCGUCCUGCCUGAAUCUCCAUCUCUAAGCACAAGAGAGGACUGAUUCUGUCACAGGGGCUCACAAAGGCAGCCAUAAACAACUGAAAAAUGAAAUAUUUUAUGUUUCUUUUCAUGUAGAUAUCCUUUUUAAAAAAAAUAGAAGUAAAAAAAAAAAAAACCUGCAGACCUCUGGGGUUAAAUGAACACUGUGACAAAAAAAAACACAAAAAAUGGGGGAAAUAGAAUUCUGUGUUCUGUUAUGCCUUUAUUUUAUUUUUUACAAAGUCUCGUUUUUCUUUGUAUUAUUUACACAGAUAAAGUCCUUCCAUUUUGGAUUUUAUGGUUUGUAUGUUGUGUAUGUUUUAUGCUGUACAGUAAUGAUAUAUAAAAAUAUAAAAUGUGUAAUGUGUAUGAUGUCUUCAUGGCCGCAGUGUGACCCAACUGGAAACAGGUUUUAGGCCUGGUAAAGCCUGUCUGUGGUUUGACUGUGGGAAGUGCUGUUUGAGUGUCUCACCGUGUGCGAGUAGCAUGUUCUGACCCGUGAUGUCGAAUUUGGUCGUACAGGUUCCACAUGUCCAGCAUGACAUGAGAGUGACGUGUUAUCAGUGUGCCGUAAUGUUUGGUUUCCCCAGCACUGCUCCUGUACUGCUUGAUCUGUGUGGGGACCACCGAGUGCCGGCCAGCUUGUCUCAAUAAAGGAUUUUCUUUCUGAA